AUGGAGUUGGGUUUGAGUAGAAGCAUGUGCUCAAUUCUCUUUGUAUUUCUGUUCGUGGGUUUAUCUUCUUCUGCUUUCAUUGCAGUGAUUGAAUGUGUUGCCGUUUUUGAUAAUUAUGCAGAUGAUGUGUUUGGAUCUCAUGCAGGCAGAAACCUUGGUCAAGCUAAGAAUGAUUGCCCUGUGGACUUCAAGUCUCUGGAUUUCACCAUCCUUACAAGCCAAUGCAAAGGACCAAAGUUCGCACCCGCUAGCUGUUGUAAGGCUUUUAAGGAAUACGCCUGCCCUUAUGCCGAUGCAAUCAACGACCCAACAACAGAUUGCGCUGCAGUCUUGUUCAACUACAUUAGGCAAAUGGGACAUUACCCUCCUGGUGUUUUUCGAGCCCAGUGUCGGGAAGGUAAAAAUGUGAAGCUUUCGCCUGGUUUUUUCACCUAG